CUCUGAUUUGUUUUAUUUUUUUGAGUCAGCUGAUAGCUGACGCUUCUGACUUCUGUGUUCGAGGUGAAAGCAAGCAACAUCCGCACGACACCGAAUUUACUGGUUUUGAUCGAAGCUCAGUGAAGGGAAAUCAAAGCUGUGUAAAGGAAAUAACAGUUACCAUGGCUCCAACAUUGUAUGAUAAGAAGCCGGAGCCAGGGGAUCUGAUAGAGAUAUUCAGAGGGAACUACCAGCACUGGGCUUUGUACGUUGGUGACGGCUUUGUUGUUCACCUGGCCCCACCCUCCGAGGGACCUGGGGCCAGGGCCAACAGCAUGAUGUCUGUGCUCAGUGACAAGGCUAAGGUGAAGAAGGAAGAGAUCUGGGACGUGGUGGGGCAUGAUCAGUGGUGCGUAAACAACCAGCUGGAUGAGAAGUACCAGGUCAGACCCAUACAUGAGAUACUGAGGGAAGCCCAGGCCUAUGUGGACCAGGAGAUGCCCUACUGUGUCUUCAGGGGGAACUGUGAGCACUUUGUCACAGAUCUGAGAUAUGGGAAGGCUGAGUCUCGACAGGUUCGUCAGGCUGUGGAAACUGUGGGAAUGGCUGCAAUGGUGGGCUUCGGAGUCCUUGCUGUUGCAGGUAUCGCAGUGGCCAUCUUUGGAGGUGGAAGCAAGAAGAAGAAUGAAGAAGAAGAAGAAUAUAAGUGACCAACUGUAUAAUAGCUUCCUGAGCAGCCAGUCACCAAUAAGCCUAAUAGAUUAUUUUUUUAACUACAGUACUGCCAUCGUCACUUGUAUAAUUCUGGGGCUUUCAGAAGGAAGGGUUGAGUAUUUCCAUAAUAUUUUUAUUUUUUACAGUUAAACAGACAUGAAUUGAAAGCACAAAAGGAGGAAAGGUGUCUGGUUAUAAUUCCAAGGUAUACAGCCUUGGAGGGGCCAUAACCUUGCAGGCUGCUAGACUAAGCUAGCUGUUUAAAAAAUGUUGACAGUUACUUAUAAGCUAUGAAGUUUCCCUACUAAAGUUUUAACAUAUUUAUGUAGACUCUCUUUAUAAUGGGAUAAAAUGGUAUUCCACUGAAGUUCUAAUGUUUCUAUCAUGAAGCAAAUUGUCUAAAGGACCCAGGGCUUUCGAGUGGCACAGCAUCUCAGUGCUAGAGACAUCACUACUAACCCUGGUUCGAUUCCAGGCUGUAUCAUAACUGGCGCACAAUUGGCCCAGCGUCGUUAGGGUUUGGCUAAAUAAGAGUUUGUUCUUAACUGACUUGCCUAGUUAAAUAACAAAAUAAAAGGACCCACAGAACUACUCCUGGUUAGGGUUGAAGUGGAUCCAUCUAAUGCUGCUUGUAUCGCUUCGUAAUGACUGACAGCAUUAUGAACAGGUGCAUCAAAGCAGUGACCAAGAGACUGAAAAACAGCUUCUAUCUCAAGUCCAUCAGACCGUUAAAUAGCCAUCAGUAGCACCUUAGAAGCUGCUGCCCUAUAAAUGGUUUAAUUUGGAAGUUUACAUACACCUUAGCCAAAUACAUUUCCACAAUUCCUGACAUUUAAUCCAAGUAAAAAUUCCCUGUCUUAGGUCAGUUAGG